CACAUCCAGAAUGGCCCCCGCGGACUACCACCGUUAUAGCCCGAUAGACAGCACGGUUGGCGAGGUCAGGGACUUCCCCGGGGAGUACUACGCAGUGAACCCUCAGGCGGUCAACGAACAAAGCUUCGACGUCUUUACGACAAACAAGUGCGCGGUCCUGUCGAUGACGCACGCAGCGUCUGGCCACUCCGUCGCGUUCGUCGCUAUCGCCGCGAUGCUGAUAUGUCCUCCCCUUUCAGGGCAGGCUUGUGAAGGUUGCGCAGAGCAUCUCCGCCGUACUAGGAAAUGAUGCGCACGGCUUUAACCCAAACGUGAUGCUUGAAUGCGCGCCUCAUACGUCUCUUGGGGACAUCUCCUGCGGCUGUUUUGUCAUACGGGACGUGCCCAAGGCCGAGCACACCUGCAGCGAUCUCUCGUUGCCGUUAGCGCGCACGUAUGAUCGCUCAAACACAGCAUAUAAUGAGUGGGCAGGUGGUGCCGGCGUUGCUUCAGAGGAUGCACGACCGCAUGUGCCGGGACCCGCGCAGGCGGUACAUCAUCAGUAUGACAUUUGAAGACACGAAACUCAAGAUAUGGUUCUGUACCCGCUCAGAGCUACUUUUCAGCGACGCGAUGUCCAUUAUGGAUGACGACGAGAUCGUUGUCCGUUUCCUGCUCACAGUGAUGUGUCGUGUUCGACCCAGCGAGAUAAGUAUGCAAUCACAUUCAGUCUUGCGCUCUCAGGCUUGGAAGCUAGAUACUCGUUAGCUAUAUC